UAACGGUGCAGAAGAAAGACUCAUCAGGGACAAAUUCCCCUCCGCUCCCUCCCAGCGCUCCCGCCGACACCUUGGCGGUGGCGUGGAAAUCCCUCCGGGCGUUCCGAGCUGAGAGCAUCUUCCCUGGCCCCCCCCCGCUCCGCCAACCUUUGCUCUCCGGCUUUGUUUGGCUUCACCCUUCCUCCGGUAGCUCUCUCUGCUCUGGCCACAGACUUCCUUUAGGUCAGCCCGGCUCUGGCCGCGACACAACUUCCAGUCCAGUCACACGGUUGUGCCGCCGAGGAUGCCCCGGAGGAGGGAGAUGCCCGCCCGAACCUGAGGCACCGCUCAGUCUGGCAAUUUGAGUCUCCAGGAAUACCAGAGAAGCCUUUCCAGGAAUGCCAGAGAAGCCUGUCCAGAUGAGAGGAGGCAGGAGAUGGAGUUACAAACAUUGAAUCUACAAGGAUGAAGAAUGAGGAAGACCACACAGUCCGUAUUGGCCUAGAGCUGGCAUACAGCAUGGCAUACACCUGUUUCCUGCAGGGAAUAAAGUACAUCCAUUCAAGUACACUUUGAUGUGUGUGUCCUGAGGGUUUUUGUAUCCCCACAGACACUCCAUCCCCAUGACUCUGUGGCUCUGUUGUACCCACCAGCUGCUUAGCAGCCCCACGGGGUUCAGGGCACUGGGCCACUGCUGCCAUGAAGGACAUCUUUAAGCACAGGGUGCCGAAGACCCACCCAUGUCAGGAGUGUGGGAAAUCCUUCAGCAAGAAGGGAAACCUGAAGAGACACCAGCGGAUCCACACGGCCAAGGAGCUGUUCACCUGCGGGGAGUGUGGGAGGCGCUUCAGCGCCCAGGGCCACCUCACCACCCACCAGAGCAUCCACACGGGAGAGAGACCCUUCUGCUGUGGGGAGUGUGGGCGCUGCUGCCACCUGGAGAUGUGCCUGGCUGCCCACCAGAGGACACACGCCAAGGGGGGCCCCUUCCCCUGCGCCCGCUGCGGGAAGAGCCUGAGCACCAGGAUCUACUUCAACAUCCACAUGCGCACCCACAGGGAGAGGAGGCCGUUCGCCUGCGCGGAGUGUGGGAAGAGCUUUGUGAAGAAGGGCACCCUCACCGCCCACAGGGAAACCCACAAGAGGGAGAAGCCCUUCAAAUGCCCCGAGUGCAGCAGGUGCUUUGGGCAAAGGGCCACGCUGGUGGCUCACCAGAAUAUCCACCUCCGCGGGGGACCCUUCAUCUGCACGGAGUGUGGGAAGAGCUUGAGCACCAAGAGGUAUUUUGAUGUCCACCAGAGGAAUCACGCCAAGCAAAAGGGGCACAUCAACAGUGUGUCUCUCCGGGUCAUCCAGGUUAAAGAGGAGCAUGAGUUUGCCCUCAGGUCAGAGGAGAGUGUGUUGGAGAAUGUGGCUCGUGAAGGAGAUGUAGCCCAGGGGUGUAGCAUACCUAGAAACCCAUCUAAUCCAAAAAACCCUCCUUGGAAAAUCCAGGUGAAGGAGGAGCCAGAGCCACUCACUGAUGACACAGCAAGCACUACUGCAGUAGCCUGCCAGAAACUUUACAUCAAGGAAGAGCCACCAGAAAACCUGGACUAUGGAAAGCUCUUUGAUCCAAAGAUCCCACUGCUGGCUUUACAGGGGAGACAGCCUAAAAAGGAAGAUGCUGAUGGGCAGCAUGAACAGGAAGUCGCUGUAACCAGUAACCAUGUACUCCAUGUGAAGGAAGAACCAGAGGAAAGCAUUGACUUUGGGAUGCAUUACAGGCAGAAGCCAAACCUCAGUGCUAUCCAAAGGAUCCAGAUUAAAGAGGAACCUGGUGUGGAGGCCAACCACCAGGAGAGCCCAAAGAGGAAGCAGAAGAAAUGCUGCCAGUCCACCAAAGAGGGAAUGCUGGAGAACCAGGAGAAACCCACAUCCAAGAGAGAUCCCUCAGCGAAAGGAGCUCCCAAGGGUGAGCGGACGUUUCCCUGCCCCGAGUGCGGGAAGAGUUUCAACCAGAAGUCGAACCUGACCAGGCACAGGAAGAUCCACACGAGCGAGGGGCCCUACAAGUGCGGGGAGUGCGGGGAGAGCUUCCGCAUGAGCCGCAAGCUGGUCCGGCACCAGCGCGCCCACGUCAGCGAGCCCUUCAAGUGCCCCGAGUGCAGGAAGAGCUUCACCCAGCGCUCCAACCUGGUCCGGCACCAGAGGAUCCACACCAAGGAGGAGCCCUACCAGUGCCCGGAGUGCGAGAAGACCUUCAACCAGAAGGCCAACCUCUUCCGCCACCAGUCGAUCCACGUCCGCAUGGGCCCUUGUAAGUGCACCAAGUGCGGGAAGUGCUUCCCGCAUAAGCGCCUCCUGAUCAAACACCAGCUGCUCCACUCCCGAGGGGGAGCCUACAAGUGUGGGGUCUGUGGGAAGCGCUACCGGCUGAAGAAGUACCUGAGGAGGCACCAGAAAAUCCACGCGCGGGAAGGAACCGCUCCCUGCUCGGAUCUUGGGGAGACCACGGAGGCUGGACCCCACCACGCUGAACAGAGGGCACUGGCCCCCAUGAAGAGUGAAGAGGAGAGCUGAGCAGUGGGAUGCCUGCUCCUGUGGGAAGGUCCUUUGGGAAAGGGGAGAGAUGGAGACAAACUGCUCGCCUUAUGUGUGGGGGUGGGUGGGUCAACCUGAAGGUUCAGCGGGGCCAAGGGGCAGAGGAGAGCUGGAAAACAGUAGUCUGGCACUUUUCUGAGGACAACCCUUGAGGUAUCACUUGUUCACAGCUGUGGGAUGGGGCUGGGGACCCAAGGACUUGGAGGUGGAGGGAUAAGAGCUUGGCAUCCUUUGUCAUGGUGUGCGUGUGCUGCUAAAGGCUGCCAAAGUUGUGGAUGCCGAAAUUAUCUUGUGUGGACAAUAUGUAGCCAGGAGGACCAGGCAGGAUUUCUUUUUGUUAGGUUACUGUGUUUCUGAGAAAGAUGAAGGGAACCUCUCCCAUCUGGUCAAGUGUUUAAAGCAAGAGCCGAGUCCCCUAUUCUCCCUCAUGUAUCUCUGAUCCACACCUUGAUUCUCCUGGGCUGAUGGACCCUUGUCCGCUGGGAGAAGCUACUGCCAGCCAGACCAGGGUUCUAAGCCUCAAAUCCCCCAAACCAGGCUCCCAGAUUGGCUUAAGCCACAUCCCUGAACAGGGCAUGAUUUAGUGAGUUCAAACCAAGUAGCAGGAAUAGUUGAAAAUGUCUUCAGGCUUUAUGGACUAGAGAAUUGAAAAUUAUUUCCCUAUUGGGACGUUUUCCCUUCCCAGUGCAAAGGAGACUGUGCAGCUACUCAAAAGGAUGGACAGUUCAGCAUCACUCACUGCUGAUGGUUUGUUUGAGUGUUCCCUGGUCAGAUGAAUCUUUGUGUCUUGAAAGCCCCUGGUGGAGUUGUGAUGGAAUCCAAAAUUCCCUGAGCCAUUCCCCCAGAUUUCUCUGCAGCGCUUCUGUGGCCACCUGGCAAUGCCAAGCAAAGACAUAUAUUGGGGUUCCUCAUGUUGCUGUAGUACACAGAGUCCAAGAAGCAAGCCUACCUCAGUCCCCUCACCUGUAAACUGUAGAUAAACUGGUUCCUAUGAAGUUUCCCCUCAAACCCCUCUGAUCUGGUGGAGAUUCUUUUUUGGGACAGAAAAGGCUGAUGUACAGGGGAAAACAACAAGUUUAGGAUGUUCCAGGGGAGACUAAAGGACACACUUGUUAGAAAAAUGGAUCUGGGCCAUAUGCUGGGGAGAAAUCUCUCUACAGGGCUGGGAAACCAUGGUUUUGGGAACAAUAAGGCUGAGCCAAACUAGCCAAACAAAACAGCUUCUUUUUGGCUUGAGGAGCAGGGUAGGGAUACAGUAGAGAAUGCCAGUGAGAGAAAAUGCUCACCAGAUGGAUGGCAUUUAUUUCCUUUUCAUUAGCUGAGCAUAGUCAGACUGUAGAGACUUUUACCAGGAAGAAGAACUGGUGUGAGAGGUUUGCCAGGUGAGUUAUUGUUUCCAUGCAAUAAGUCAGUGCCAGUAGGUUUCCUGGACAUCACCGGAUCUUCCAUCACUGUGGGUGUCCUAGCUUUUGGGGAAGAUGAGGGCUGAUAGUUUGUAAUAUCUUCUCAAUA